AUGCCUUCACAAGCCACCAUGAGCACGAAGGACUCGCCUGUGGAAGCCCCAAGCAAGAGCAGGAGCGUCAAAGAGGAGGGAAGUUCGCCUGAAUCGCAGGCAAGCGGCAACACCGAGGCAAGUGGCAACACCGAGGCGACCACUGGGACGACCUCGACGGUUGUGCCUCCCGGAGAAGAAGGGGAGGAGGAGGAAAUCGAUCAAGAGGGAAUUCCCGACGAAAUCAAGAACAAAGUUUACCCCCCUGGUGAAGAAGGAGAGUUUCAGCUCCUCGAAGACAUUGAGAACGACGGGACGCUAGACGACGUCGACAUUGAGCUGAACAGCAAAGGAAUCCCCCAUUUGAAGAUAUCUCCCUCGAAAUUUCAUCAGCAAUCCGUCUAUUCGAUCCAGUACGAAAUCGAUAAUUCCCAGGAGGAAAAAGACUCUUUGCUUUGUGAUACUGUGUUCGCUCUCCAACUUGGUCCGAAACUUUCGAGAGACCCUGAUUUGGCAGUUUGGGGGAAGGAACGCUUGGACAAAGAGAAAUCUGGUCGUCCUGUACCAAAGUCUAAGGCGAUUCCCGAGUUGGACGGGGAACCGUUCAUGAACCCGCACGUAAACUUUGAGUAUAGUUGGACACAUGGUUUGAAGAGUGAUGAAAUCCCCAAAUUCAAGCUGCAAAUGGACGACCAUUAUGAAUCUUUGGGAGAUAUCAAGUUGGGGUUUCUCAUCAAGACUAUCCUCACCAGUGGAACGAAGUACCCCAAAAAAGAGAUCCCAUUGUGUGGAUUUGAUAUUUAUGAAGCUCAUACUCGUGAGGGCCGAAUCUUGGUUCCUGGGAAGAAGAGAAAAAAAAGAGAGAGGAGAGGAUUGUAG